AUGAAUUCAAAAGAAAAACCUAUUAAGUGCAAUAUUCAUCCUUAAUUUCAGCUGCAUUUCAGGAAUGGCGAGGUCAUCAAGCUUGACGGAUAUUCUACUUAUUCCAAUCGUAUUAAUAGAACAUCCUCCAUUUUGUCUAUUGUUUUAUUCGCUCCUUUUAGAAUUGCAAGGAACAAUAUCAUUUAUUUAACUUUGUCUAUAAUAUGUUUGAUUUUACUUGCUUCUAUUUGGUCCAUGUAAUUUUUUAACUAUUUUAGAGAUUCACAGCAAUAUGAAUUUUAUUUCAUCUUCUCUUUUUAACUGUUUGCACAUAUAAGUGUUGAAUUAUAUAAUAAAUACAGAAUUAAUGGUCUAGAUAUUAAAUUAAACAAUCAAGAAAAUAAAAUAUUGAAAUAAUGGGAUGAAUGUAUUAGCAAUAAAGAGAUAUUAAAGCGAAUUAAAGAAAAAGCAUCUUAAAAACCUAAGAAUGAAGAAAUUAAAGAAAAAGAUCGUAUUAUACCAAUAAAGAAUGAUCAUCCUAUAAAAAAUGAUUAAUUAUAACGUCAGUUAAGUUAGAAAAGCAGAUCUUCUGGAUGUAUUAAUUUCAAAUUUAGUGUUAAUAGUUUAAUCUCAAUUUUCUAGAUAAUCAAUAAAUUAAGGUCGACCUGCAGGAUCUCCAAGAUAAGAUAGAUUUGAUAGAAUGGGAUCAAGAGCAUCAUUGAUGAUGAGUCCACUUAUACAUGAAGACAUGAUUAUUAAAAAUGAAUUAAAAAACAAAUUAGUAUAGGAUCCAGCAAUUAGAAAGUUUAUGCAAUAAGUACCUUGCAUUUUUGAAAAAAAUACUUCAAGAUCAAAAAAGAUUAUAGAUUCUAAAAUUAUUAAUAGUACUGAUAAAAUGGAUCUUAUUAAAUCUAUUACUUCAGAAGAAAUUAAAAUAGGAGAUGUUAUUAUUGUAGAAAGAAAUCAAAUUGCAUCUUGUGAUAUUCUAGUUUUGUAUUGUAAUGAUGAAAAUUUUGCUAUUUCACAUUAAUUAUGUGAAUAUUCAAACACAACUAUUAGAAAACCCUUAGUUUAAAAUAAAUGUAUAAAAAUCAUAUUAUUUAUUAUUUAGUUGAUUCUCAUAAUCUAGUCCUAUUCAAAAAGUCUUUUACUGGCAAUAUUUAAUUAAAUGAAAAUGCAAAUAAUAUUUCUGGAUAUUUUUAACUCAAAAAAGAUCCAUAAUCAAAAGUUAUUGAAGAUUAAAACUUUAUAUUUGCUCAAGAAAAACUAUUAAAUACUCCUUGGGUAAUUGGUAUUGUGAUCUAAGUUGGAUUAAAUUGUCGUAGUUAUAAACAAUUUAAAAUUCGUCCUUAAGUUCCUAAUUAUUCAUAAAGAUUGUUAACAUCAAUGAUUUUUCUUUAUUUUGCUUUUUUAAUUGUAAAUUAUUAAUAAUCUAUUAGAGUUAAUGUACAUUAUAACUUAUCAGAAUAAAUAUGUUAAUGAAUAUUUAGAUAUUAUAUCUUUAUUAGUUGAAGAUUUACUUUAUUUGUUAUUUUUGUUACCUCAUAGUUUCAGAUUCUAUUUUGAUUUAAUAUAAUUAUUCUAAUAACGCAUAAUAUAUAAGAUUAGUUAAUUGGAUAUGAAAUAGAUUAAAGCUUUUCAUCCAGAAUACUAUCAAUAAUAUAAAUGUUUGACAAUGAAUCUAGAUUCAGUAUUAGAAGGUACAUUUGAAUUAAGAGCAAUCAUAUGUAACUAACGUAUUUGUCAUUGCAGAGAAUAAGAAUUAUUGCAAUAAGCUUAAGUCUAUGCAAGUUCAAUCUCAAGCUAAAAUAUUUUUAAGACUGUUGAUUCUAAAGAUGAUUCUAAAAUUGUUGAAAUUUAAGCAUCUAAUAUACAUUAAACAUAAAAUGUAAAAUAAUAAAAUAAUACAUAAAAUUCUGGAAGAUAUUUAGAAGAUGAAAUUUUUAGUUAUGAAGCUUAAGAAGAUAUGGUUCUUAAUAUACCUUAAUCUGUUGGUUUUAGACUAAUUAGUAAUUUUACAAAUAAUGAUAAUACUCAAUAAGAAUUAAAUGGACUUGUAUAAAAUUAAAGCAUUAAUCCAGAUAAAAGUGAAUAUUUACAAAAAUCAAGCAUUAAUAAAAUUCAACUUUCAAUGAAUAGUAAAAGUGCAAAACAAGUAUCUCUCAAAGAUAGUAGAGUAGAUAGAAAAUCUAUUUAUUUAAAUGAUUUAAUCAAAAUAAUUACAAAUGAAGAUGAAUUCAAUAAUAUUAUUUUGCUUUAAUUAUCAUUGAAUCAUAUUUCAUAUUCCAAACUAAGAUAUACUUAAACAGGGGAAGAAAAAGUCAAAAAUACUUAAGUUAAUUUGUUGGAUGAAAAACAAAUAUAAAUAGCUAAAGCAUUUGGAUUCGAAUUCAUAUGUGUUAAUAAUGUUUAGUAUAUAUAUAAAAUUAAUUUAGAAAUAUUUCAGCAUAUGUUGUAUAAAUAAAUUAGAAGCUAUGUUCAUUUAAAUUAAUUGAUUUUUAAAUCCAUCAUCAUACUCAAAGACUUUAUAUGUUAUUUGAAUUAGAUCCUGAUUUUGAAAAACCAUUAAAUGCAGAAUAUAUUUUAUUAGUAAGAGAAGCAAAUUAUAAAAAAUCAGAUAUUUUAGAUGAAAAUAAAUUAAAUCAAAAGUCAUCAAUUCAUUUUCUUCAUUAGAUGGAUUUGGAAUAACUUCAUUAAAUUCAUUAUUACUCUUGUCUCCUUAAUCAUGAAGAUGCUGCAUAUUAUGUUAAUUAAUAAUCACUUUAAUACUAGAACACUUUUGAGAGUGAAGAAUUUAUAUAUAAUUAUUUAGAACCCUUUUUGUAAUUUAAUAUUACUCUAGGCUUUAAAUAUAACUUAAAACCAAAAGCUUUAGAAUUUAUAAGAAAUUUUGAAAAAACAGAUUAAUCUCUUGUUUUUUAUACAGAAUAACGAUUUUCUUAUGCUUAUUCUAUUAUUCAUUAAAUAGAUAUAUAGAAUCAUUUUAAAUUAAUAUUUGAUCAAGAUAAUGAUGAUGAUUUAAGAGCUUAUUUUAAGAAAUCUUUAUAGUAAUUCACUUAAUUAUUUUCUGACUCUAAUUGUGUAUCAAAUUCUUAAGUACAAUCCUUAAAUAAACUAAUUAAUCCAAUAUCAUCUUAACUUUCUAAUAAAAAAGUUUAAGAAGAAUUUCAUUCAGCACCUCCAAUAACAAUAAUGUUAAGCAGUUAGGCUUGUAAAAUUAUGGAAAAUAACAUUUAUAUGACAAAUCAUAUGAAAUUACUCUUUUCUUUGGCUAAAAUAACUCUUCUAUAUGAUGCAAGUAAUUAAUCUUUGAAUUUUGUUUAAAAAUUAUUCGAUGAACCUAAUUUAACAUUAAAUUUAAUAUUUGAAAAUCAAACAUUAUUAAAAUGUCAUUAAGGUUAACAUUUGUAAAUUGCAUUAUUACAAGAAUUUAGCUACUUUCAAAAAGCAAAGUAUGAAAAUGUAAAUAAACAAACCUUUUUUAAAAAUAUGAUAUAAUCCCUUAAAGUUAGAUUAGUUUAUGAAAGAUGUAAUACAUUUGAAUUAUGAAUUUAGGUCUCUUUAAUGAAUUAUUAAUCUAUCAUAAUACUGAUGCAAUACUAUAAGGAUUUAACGAACUAAAUGAACUCCUAUUUUAUUAUGUCCCUUUAUUAAACAUCUUAACAAAAUAUUAGUUUUUGAUUGCUUUUCAGAGAACUAUUUAUUUUUCAUCAUUUGCGAUUACAAUUUACACAACAAGUAUUUGGUUUUUUAACAAUUAAAAAAAUUUAAUAGUAGAAUUUGUAUUUUAUUCUUAUCUUUAUUCUUUAAUUAUAUAUAUUGCUACAACAAUAGAAUUUAUUAAUUAAUAAAAUUUAAAUACUAAAAAAGAUUAAAAUUAAUAGAAAGUCAUAGAAGCAAUUAUUAAUUAAUCAAAGAAUAAAUCCAAUUAUUUUUAAAUCGCAAUUAAAUGUAAAUUAGUAAUUUUAUUUUCUAGCCAUUAUAUAAGGCAUGGUCACUUAAUUGAUAUUUACACAUCAAAGUUAAAUUUAAUCAGUCGAUGUUGCUAUUGUUUAUUGUUUUCUUUCAAUAACAUUAAAUGAUUUAAUAAGUUUACUACUUUAGAUUGGCUAAUAAUUAAAGGUUGCUGUCUUCAUAAUUUAUAGUCUAUCUUAUUUUUUUUAUUUAUUGCUUCAUUUUAACAUUAUGGCUCCAAAUUUAGAGUUUAAAUUUGAAAUUUCCAACUUAUUUGAAAUAUUACUAGUAAUAUUUAUAUUUUAAGUAAGUGAAUAAUUUUUUUAACAUCAUUUUGUAUUAUAAGUACCUUAAAUGAGUGGAUUAUUUCAACAAAUAGCAAAUUCAGUAAAUCGUCAUAAAGAAUUUAUUAACAAUAAAUAAACAUCAAUUUUAAAUUUGUAAAGAGAAAUAAAUAAAAUCUUUGAAAAUAUAGAAUAGGUGGAUUUUAAUCUAUAAAAGCGUAAUUUAUAAUGAUAUCAUUAAGUUUUAUUAAGUUAAAAAUAAUUGUUUUAGAACUUAGGCUAAUGGUAAUCCUAAAUAUUUUAAAAGGCUCAAUCAAUAAUGAAAUGGAAAAAGAAAUCAAGAAUCUAAGGAUUAUAGUUAAUCUUUUUUCAUUGUUAGAUGCUUAUUAUUAUUUAUUCUUAGUCAGAUACUAGUUACUAUUUUCUUAUCACUUACAUUAUUUACUAAAUAUUUCUAAUAGUGAUAUUUGUUUUUUAAUUACUAUACCAUCUGAAUUCAAGAUAAACACAAUAUCUUGAAUUAAUCAAAUACAUGAUGUCAGGAAUAGUAACAUUAAUAGCAGUUUUGGGAUUGUCAGUAACUGAAAUGUCAUUAUAUUAUCAUUCAUUUUCUGAAAUCAUUGUGACAUUUCAAAUAUCUAGUAAAUUGCAUCCAAUUUAUGAUAAUAGAUUAUAUCUAAUACCUAUUGUAGUUGUAUUAAUUGCUUAUUUUGUUAUGUAAGAUCAUAAUUAUUAUAGAAAGUUUUUCAUUAAAUGUUGAUAUCACUCCUUACUUUGUGAUCAUUAAAAUUUCCAUGAUCCUAUUCUUUUCUGUUCAAUAAUAUAUAAUCAAAAGCUAUGUAAUUUAUAAAUAUAUAUAGUUUAUUUUACUUGAAGAGGAUUAAGCUACAAACUAAAUUAAUUUUAUUGAAGAAAACAAUAAAAUUAAUGACAUUUUGGGAAUUUUAUUGCCUAAAUUUGUACGACAUCGUCUAAAUGAAAGUAAACUGAUAUGAAAGUGUAUUUAGCUGACUAAUAUAAUAUCCAUUAAAAUUAGGGACAUGUAGCCAUAGUUUUUUGUGAUAUCUGCAAUUUUGAUUAAAUUAUUAUGGAAGAGUAAGAAAAUAUCAUACCAUUUUUGGAUGACUUAUUUCGAACUUUUGAUAAGUAUUGUGAAAUAUGCGGUGUUUAGAAAAUUGAAACUGUUGGAAAAACAUAUAUGGCAUCAGCUGGACUUAAAGCCUGUGAAUAAGAAUUAGCUUAUCUAUCAGAGAUAGAACCAGUUUAAAGAGCCUUAAAUUUAGCAGAGAUGAUGAUCAUAUAUAUUAGAUCAAAAUUGUAUCAUCAAUUUAUUAUAUUAGAUGGGGUCAUUAAAGUUAGGCUUUAAUUGGUAAAAUUGGUAUUCAUUAUGGCAGAGCAAUUUCUGGUGUUAUUGGAUUUCAUAAACCUUAAUUUUCAUUAAUUGGCGAUACAGUCAACACUACCAGUAGAGUAUGUUCGACAGGCUAAGAAGAUAAAAUUACUCUAUCAGAAAGAGCCUUUGAAUAAUUAAAAAAUGAUAAAAUAGAAUUUGAAGUCAGAUAUGUUGAGAUGAAAGGAUUAGGAUAAAAACCUACAUAUGUUUAUGUCUAAAAAGGAAAUACAAAAAAUUACAUUGCAAAAAAUUCAAUGAAUAAUAGUAAUAGUAACAGUAGAUCAAAUACCAUGAAUAUAGCAAAUAGAGUAAGAACUUAAUCAUCUCAAAAAGGAGGAUUAAAAAAGAGAUCUAUUGCAAUUCAAGAUCCUUUAACUCAACGCUCAAAAUAAUUAUUACAAUUUUAAUUAUCUUGGAAUUACCAAUAAUAACAUGGUUAAUAAAAUUCUUCAUCUUUGUCUGAAGAAAAUAGUAUAAAAAAAGGAUUAUAGAAUUCCUAAUCUAGCAAUAAUCUUAAUCACUUAUCUUAAGACCCUGAUCAUGAAGAUAAAUUAUAUCGGAAUAUCAAAAAACCAGAACUUAUUUAAUAAUUAGCAAGUGCAUUUCAUCAAAAAUUUCAUUUAGAAGAGUAUUAACCUGAAGUAGACCAUUAUAUUGAUUACGAUUAAUUAUUAGUAAUUAUAAAUAAUAUAAAUUUAGAAUGUGAUAUUACUUAAAAAUGAGAAUGGCUUAGAAGAAACCCUAAUACUUUAGAACUCUUUUUUAUCAUUGCUAAAAAGAUCUUAUAAUUCAAAUAAAAAUAAUUAUAUAGAAUAUCAUGAAUAUAUUUAUAAGUAAUCUGAGUAAGUGACUAAUAAAAUAAUUUAAAUUUAUUCAUUGUAUUACCUUAUUAAAUAAUUUUGCUUGAUUGGAGAAUAUAAUUUGAUUUCAUUACCUUUAAUAAUACUCUAAUGGAUUGGAUGCGCACUAAAUAUUAUAUCAUUAAUGAUGUACAAGAAAAGAAUGAUAAGCUAUUGGAUAUAAUUGAUUUAUAUAGGAUUAAGUUUUUAGCUUAUCAUUGCAGGCAUUUUUGUAAUUGUUGAUAUGACUCUGUUUUUAAAAUAUUCUCACAUCAUAGAAAUGAUAUUUAUCCAAUCAUUUUUUAGCAACAUAUAACUAUUGCAUUUUUGGAUCAAAAUUUUAUUCUGCAUAUGCUCCUUCAUUUUUGAAGCCUUUGUCUUGAUCUUUUGGAAGGAGCAUAGUAUAUCACUUUUUUUUGCCUUCAUUGUGAUGGUUUAUAAUAUAAAUUAUUGUUAUUUUCUGGAGGAGCAACAAGUUGCUUGUUUUAACUAGAAAAACAUCUUUUAAAGUUAAUAAGCUAAAGAAUCAUAAUUACUAUAGUACUUACUUCCGAAACAUGUAAAUCUAUAAUUAUAUUUGAUAGAUUUUACAAACAUUUCUUGAUGAUAAUAAUAGAACAAGAUGUUUAAGUGAUAAAAUAGAGAAUGUAACUAUCUUAUUUGCAGAUAUUGCUGGGUUUACAGAAUAUUCAAGUAAAGUUACACCUGAAGAAGUUUUGCUUAUGCUUAAAAAUCUAUUUGUUGAAUUUGAUAGAAAGUGCUAUGAAUUGAAUGUUUAUAAAUUAUAUACAAUUGGAGAUUGUUAUGUGGCAUUUGGAAUGAUAGAUUAUAACGAAAGAAAUCCUGCAGAAGAAGCAAAAAAUAUUGUCGAUCUUGCAUUCGAAAUGAUAAGAAUUAUAGAAGUUGUUAGAAAGCAAAUCAAUUUUGAUGGACUUGAUAUGAGAAUUGGUAUACAUACAGGUUGUGUAUUUGGAGGGGUGAUGGGAACCGAUAUAGUUAGAUAUGAUAUUUAUGGACCAGAUGUAUUAAUUGCAAAUAAAAUGGAAUCUAAUGGCAAAAAAGGAUAAGUUCAUGUCAGCGAAGUCACUAAAUAAUUGCUUGAGUAAGAUUAUGAAGAUAUUUAUUUUUUUACUUUAAAUACUAAAGUUACACUAACUACAAUUAAUAGAAGUAUAGAUGGCUACAUCGUUGAAAGCUUGGCAGAAGAUGAUUUUCCAUCAGAUUAGAUUAAUUCUUAAUAAAUUUAAGUUUAAUCUUUGCAUUCAGAACAUUGA